AUGGGCAGCGCCGGAGCCCUAGGCCGGCCCAGCGCCGCCGCCGUGCACUGGGAGACGGCGACGGCGGCCCGCUCGCAGCGCAGUCCGCCAUUCAUAUCAUACGUUAGACAGCUUUUAAUAUAUACGUUUAUCGUUGCGACGAGCGCCACCGAGCGGGCGCGGCACUCUUUAACAUCGUCUCCCAGGAAAGCAAGUUCCUAUCUUUAUGGCAUAUAA